GACGCCCGCCGACGAAGACGACGAUCGCACGCCACAAGACGUCCAGUCCACCGGCGCCAUCGAAACCUCACCGACGUCUCUGUCCGUCCAGAAGAGAGUCGUUGUCGCACCACCCGAGUCCCGAGCGAGCUAACGUCCGCAGCAGUCGACACGGUUUCGGUCAGACGCGAAAAACCUAACCAUAUCCGAUCUUGCUGAUCAGCCGCACCGCGUAUUCCGUACCCUCGACCACAAUCGCCGAACAGGGAUAGCCCUCUGCAACGUCUCCGCGUGUACUCCGUGCCACGAAGAAUAAUAUUAUAUUAUACACUUGCGAAUCGGAGGCUGACCCGCAAACGGAACUCGUCAUCGCAACCAGGUCGUCCUUCUGCGUAGGGUCGUCGACGAUCCUGCAGUAGCAGCAGCAGCAGCAGCAGCAGCAUCUCCGGUCGUAACCACAAAAACGCGGCCCGACAGCCAUACGAUGAUAUUUUCGAAAUGCCAGUACGCGGCGUUCACGUUAUUACUGAUUCAGAUGAGAGUGCUGUGCCAGGAGUCGAUCACCACGGAAGGAGGCGUGGUGGUGGGCAGCGGCGCCGGGCCAACGGAGCUCUAUCCGAACGGCGAGGAAAGUGCCGACGACGUGGGCAGGGAGAACGUGUUCGUACUCAACGAUACCAGGGAAGCUCUGUCUCACGACGGUAGCGAACACAAUUCCGUGUUGUUCGUCGGAGACAGCUAUGUGCCAGUCACCACUCAGCUCCGGUCCAGACCCAUAUCGCCGGCCGACUCGACCGUGCUCGACUGGAGACUGCAAACCGUGGAGAGUUGGGACGGACGGCGGCACGGCAACAACAAGACGCGAGUGCAACACAUCGAAGCCGAGUGCCAAGACGAUUACAUGAAAAUCCGUAUCGGUUUCAACGGCUCAUUUGGCGGUCUGCUGUACUCGUCCGGAUAUUCGUACGAUCCGGAUUGCGUUUACAUCAACGGCACUGGUCGGGAUUACUACGAGUUUUACAUACAGCUGAACCGUUGCGGUACCUUGGGAAAGAACUCCAGACAAGAGGACGCCAGGAAGAACCCAGCGAAAAAUCUCAUGUGGAACACCGUAACCGUACAAUACAACCCAUUGAUCGAAGAGGAAUGGGACGAACACUUCAAGGUGACCUGUGAAUACGGCUACGACUUUUGGAAGACUGUGACAUUUCCGUUUUUAGACGUUGAGGUGGCCACUGGCAAUCCGGUCGUCUUUACACUGUCGCCGCCCGAGUGUUACAUGGAAAUACGGUAUGGAUACGGCACCACCGGAAACAGGGUGGGCGGACCCGUACGCGUGGGAGACCCGCUGACUUUGAUCAUCUACAUGAGAAGCAAAUAUGAUGGUUUCGAUAUUGUGGUGAACGAUUGUUACGCGCACAACGGAGCGCAGAAGAAGAUUCAACUCAUCGAUCAAUACGGGUGCCCCGUCGACGACAAACUGAUCAGCAGAUUUAGAGGAUCGUGGAGCGAAAGCCAAGUGUUUGAGACCCAAGUAUUCGCCUACAUGAAAACGUUCAGGUUCACAGGGUCACCGGCGCUUUACAUUGAAUGCGACGUCAGAAUGUGUCACGGCAGAUGUCCGAGUCAACCAUGUCACUGGAGGAAUGCCAAAAGCGUAUCGAAACGGUCCACCGACGUGGAGGUGGCUACGACCCCAUCGGCCCUUUCGCAAAACAUCAACUUGUUCCAGUCGCUGAGAGUGCUCCAGGAGGGCGAGAACGGCGAAGACGCAAGUGCACUUAGUAACAGGACCACCGGAUACUACACGGACAACAGCCAAAAUUCAGUGUGUGUCAGGUCCGGUUUGCUGGCUGGUCUGUUGGCGCUCGCCUCCACUGUGCUGUGCUUCUUGAGCUUGGCGCUGACCGUCAUGUGCUACCGGUCCAAGCGACUGGUCAAGGGGUGCGCCGACGAUCCUGCGCAUCACGUGAUCGCUGCCGCGCCGGCGAGAUGUUUCCUCACGCACAAGGGCAGAUUAAACUGACGGGGGUCGACGUAGGUCGGCUGACCACCGGGGAAGGGGGGGUACGGCAAUAGCAGCCUGUAUUUUUACAAAAUAUCGUCAGGUACAAAACACUUAACAUAAUAUUAUUAUCAUAUCAUACUAUCGUGUAUACAAUACAACACUCUCUCAUCACCACUCGCAUCGAACAUAAUAUAAUAUUUUCUAUAAUAUAAUAUAUAUAUAUAUUUUUUUUUUGUUUAAAAAUCGUAAUCUUAAUUAUUACUACUAUUAUUAUUAUUAUUAUUAUUAUUGUUGUUGUUGUCAAUUUUUUAUCGAGUUCGGUCGGAAUAUUAGAAGCCGUAGAAACACACUGUACUACCUUAGGUUUAACGGUAUUGCGGUGCAGACAUUCGUAGUGGAUUAUCCGUGACCAGAUCGCGUACAGACAGAACGAUUAGCAUUUAUUUUAUAUAAGUUUAUUAUCUUAAUAUUAUGUUACGCAUACGUGACGGUCGGACGGCCUUUUUCCCGAGUCACCAAUCCGUUCUCCAGGACACGCCUGCAGGGACUUUCGGCACUCAAGACGACCCUGUGCCGUUUACAUUUGUCAUAUAUCUAUAAUAAUAUAACAUCUAAACUCAACGGUUACCCACUACCAAGUGUCGACCCGUCGUCAUUCGUCUGCUGUUGUUCGAUUGAACAUCUCUCGUCCUGUCUGUGUGCGAACGUCGGUCUGAAACACGUGAUGAUGAUGAUGAUAAUAAUAAUACUACUACUACUACUACUAAUAAUAAUAAUAAUAAUGAUGAUAAUAUAUUGUCCUUCCGAUCAUGUCUCGCGCUGCAAGGCACAUAAUAUUAUAUUUUAAGUCAGGUCUAAUGCACUAUUUAUACGAAAUCAACGACAUCUUUAUGUAAUUUUUUAAUCUUUUUCAAUUAUUAUUAUUAAGAAGAAGAAGAAGAGAAUAUUAUACGAAAAUGGGCCAUACUAAGUAAAAAAAAAAAAAGUAAUAAAUAAUAUUGUAUCAAUUAAUUCGUAUACUUACUAUAAUAUUAUAGUAGUUGCUAUUUGCCAAUGCUGUAACAGGCGUGCAACAGAUGCGUUCAUACUACGUCAUUAAUUCUCAAAAUACAUAAUUAUUAUAAUACCUAAUAUUAUUAAACUCGGUUUUCCGGUCGGUGGCUUUUCUAUAUUAUUACACAUUUUCGAAUAGUAUAAAUAAUUUUUCACGCCGUCGAUGGACGAUGAUCGCACGUCGGGGCGGCGGCGUAGUUUUUCCGCACUCGGAAGACAUUCGUGAUAAUAUAUUAUUAUUAUUAUCAGCUGUGUUAUUUAGUUUCUGCGACGAAUGACCAAUAACACGGUCAGCGACCAACCGUUGGUAACGACGUCGUGACUUCCAUAUCAUAAUAUUAAUAUACCUCCUUACAUGCGAAAUAAUUACACACGUGGCGGACAUGUUUUAUCGAGAUUUUCAGUACGGCGAGUGUGGGUACCAUGUAGGUGGCAGUUUAGAGGGAUGAUUCACAUGGAUAUCUCGGCACGGAAUAUUACCUAUAAGUGUUAUGCACGCUAUAGUCAAGUAGUUAAUGAUAUUAUGCAAUUAUAGAAAAGGGCUCAAACUCCAAAACUGUUUCCGCCGCCGAACCGACAGGCUUUAAUAUUAUGCUCGUUCGCCCCACGCGUCGCUCUAUAUCAUUAUUGCUCCCUCUCCAUGAUAUGUUAUAUUUAGGUACAAUCAUUUCACUUGGCCACCGUGUCCAACUCCUCUCAUCAAGUCUCUCCGUAUUCUCUCACGUCGUAUGUCAUUUUAGAUUCAUUUCGGUUACACAAACGAGAUGGAAUCGUUUUAAUAGUAUAUACCUACCUACCUGGUUAGACAUUAUAUUAUUAUAUAGUAAUAUUAUACAUAUUAGUACCUAAAAAUAUAUCUAUAAUAGUACCUAAAAUCGUAUCUUAUAUUAUAUAGUAUACAAUAUUGUAACGUUCUACGAUAAUACUUUAAAACUGUAAAAGUAAUAAUCCGUUACGUCGUCGUUAUAAUAUUAUUAUCAUUCGUUUCAAUAGCUGAUGAAUAACCUGAAAAAGAACAAGAAUUUCUCUUUUCCCUUGUCGCUUGUAAAUAUUCAUAUAAUAUUAUAUUAUUGUAGUAGAAACGUCUUCUUAAGUAAGUUAGAUGUGUAUCUUAUAUUAUAAGUAGAGUUACAUACACAUAUAUAUAUUUUUUUUAUUCAGUGUUUGCGAGUGCGUAAACACGAUAUGUUAGAACAACCUCUAUCUAACGAGCAACUAAUUGAUGCGAGCGACUAGAACGUGAAAACGAUUAUAAGUGCGCGGAAAAAUAUUAUUAUUAUUUUUCCGAAAUCAUUUUCCACGGCAGAAAAACUAUUUUCGCGUGGUUAGGACGAGUGAAUAAAAUCUAAUAUCGAGUCGUGUGAAAAUAUUUCCGUCAGAAAAUAUUAUGUUGUGCUCUUUAUAUAGGGGUUGUACUAACAGACCUAUUAGUUCUUAAGCUCUGUACAGAGCAUUUAGUGUUUUUGGUAUAAAAACAAAAUGCAUUUUUUUUUUAUAUCAUAAUUCCAUAAUGUUUAAUUUUAAUAUUUAUUAUAAUUAUUUUAUCAUAACAUUAGUAAUUAUAUAAUAUAUAUAUUUAUUUGAUAAAAUAUAUAAUAUAUAAAUAUUUUUAGUAACCUAAUAUUAUUAUAUUAUGAUACAUUUAUUUUAAAUAUAAUUUUAGUAUUGAAA